GUCAUGUCAGGCGGCGUAGGGCCGACGUGCGGGGGCGGCAUCACGCUGCCGUCGACGGGCGCGCCGCUGCCCCCGCUGCACCCGACGCCGACGUCGCCGACGGCGCGGCCGCACCACCACUACUACCUCUUCUCCAUCAAGCAGCUCAACUCGUUCGGCGCCGCGGCCGUGCUCGCCUUCUCCACCACCGUGCCGCUCUCCGACAUCACCUUCGCCGUCCUCGUCAUCCCUUACAUCGUCCUCCUCUCCGUCCUCGCCUUCCCGCAGAGACCCGGCAAGCCCAACCCGGCCGCGCCGGUCUACCUCGGCCGCCGCCGCAUCCUCCUCAGGGCCCACGACGCGCUCGGCUUCCUCGUUGGCGCCGCGCUGCCAGCGCUCUACAUCCUCGACGGCCUCCGCACGGGUGACACGGCCGGUGUCGCCGCGGCCUCCCCGCACGCGUUCCUCCUCGCCGCUCAGAUCUUCACCGAGGGCCUCGCCGCCGCGUGGCCCGCGCGGUUCUCCCUCCCCGUGCGCGCCGCCGUGGUGGUGAUGUACAGCGCGCGGCGGAUGUUCGCGGCGUCGGAGUGGCUCAACCAGGAGAUGGAGAAGCGGGACCAGUUCGGCGGCGUCGGUGGCGCGCCGGCCGUGGCGCGCCGCAGGGUGGUCGCCGGCAGGGUGCUGGCCGUGGCGAACCUCGCCUUCUGGGGGGUCAACCUGUUCGCCUUCCUGCUGCCGUUCUACCUGCCCAAGGCGCUCAACAGAUACUACUGCGGCAGCGACAGCCAGGAAGACGACUCCGCCGCCAUUGACGUCGACGACGACGCCAACAAGAAGAAGGAUUCCUAGAGUGUUUAUUAAUCUCUUGAUGCUUUCUCACUACUCACUAGCUUUUGUGCUUGUGCAUCUUGGUGUAUUAGCUUUUUUCCUUUUUUUUUUUGGAAAAAUCACUUAUGUAUUAGCUCUUUUAUUUUUGUUGAAAAUUCACGCAUGUAUUGCUCUUUUUUUUUUUAGCUCGAACUUGCGUUUCUCUUGGG